GGGAAUGUGGCAGCCCGCUCCGAAGCGCGAAGAUGACAGUUUUUUGCCUUUUUCUUCUCCGAUUCUGAAGUAACAUUAGUUAGUUGGACUCUAUCCAUGGUAAAAGGAGGUGAUUUGCAUUGUUGUAGCUGCUGCCUUUCUUCAGGUGGGAGCAUAAUUUAUCAUCUUGUCUCGCAAUUUCGGCAUCAAUGCCAUUACUAGCUCCCCGGCCCCAAAAAUAAUAAUAAUAAGCAUCAACGAAUGGGCAAGCCACGAGGCUGCAUCAGUGCAUGGUAGAUCUACAGCUGGCGCGUGUAUUUGUGCUCGUCGACUCCAAACGCGCGCGGCUACUACAAGCUAGCUACUCCGGCUAGGCCCCUGCGCCUGCUUGUUGUUUGCAGAGCGUCCGCGCGUGUAUGUUCAUUUGCUGCAGACAAAAAUCUCACAGAGAGUGCAGUAGUUGGAGGACUUUAGUUGCGACGCAGUAAGUCGGGACAAAUGUCCGCUGUGACGACGGCGUGCUGUUGUUAGUUGAGCGGCUGUCAGCGGGUUCUGCUUGCAAGCCGAGCCGAGUGCUGCUGCUCCUGGACUGGAGCGCUAGCUUGGCGAAGACUAACUAGUGCAGGCCAGUGCGUGCUCUUGACUGAACGGAAUGAGUGCGGCGGAUCGGCGCGACGUCUUGAAGCAUGACGAUGGAAGCCACGGACUGGAUGUGACGGACGGCAAGGGACGUCGCCGAGCCUCUGAUCCCACCGGUGCAAAGAAAACGUUCUGGUCUUCACUGAAGGUAAAGCCACAGCGCUCAGCCACAGAGCUGACCCGUCGUCAGAAAAAGGCGCUCUCUGCGCAAAUAAGUGCAUCUCCCACACCCAGUCCCACGUCUUCUGCAGGAGCAGCCAGUCAUCAUGAAAAUCCUCUUGGCAUGCAGUUCCAGCGGGCCACGCCAGACCUGGCAGAGGAGCGUGAGGAGUCGGACGAGGCCACUCCGAGGAGGUCACGGAGCUUCCGCGAGAAGACGAGCGAUAUGUUCAGUCGUGUUGCGCGACGAGUAUCACGUCGAAAGCGAGCGAGAGAGUCACCAUCCGUCUCCAGAUCUAACACUCCGUCGUCACAGGUUUCGUCCAGUGGUGCGUCGGCUGCUGGCUACGACGACGUCAGCAGCACAGCGCUGCUAGGCAGGGGAGCAAGGAACAUUGCCAGCCGCGGCGAGGCGACAUCGGCCGAGUAUACAGACAAUCCUGCUGGAAGCAAGAACCGCCAGUCGUCGGCUCUGCUUCGGCCCGGCAUUCAGGUGACGGACGCUAGUAUCGCCGACAUCAGUGCCGCUGUGCAGCAACUGACGGAGCGUACGGCUGAUCCGUUCACGAACACCACACCAGGCAGCUCACCGGGACCACGACGUAGAGCCUACACUGCCGAUCCGAACAAGAACCUGGCCACACUGCUGGCACCGAAGAAAUGGCUCAGCCGAAAUCGACUCCUAUGCGAAUGGGUGCCUAGUGAGGAAGAACCUGUGUGGUUUUCGCCCAACAGUGAUGUGCUUAAGUUGGAUGAGCGCAGUGUACUGACCUUGUCUGCGGUGGAGCACAGAGCUCUGCGGAAACACCUGCACAAACACCUAGAGACCGAGCUUGGGUUCAGCUUCCACGUUCCCAAAGAUCCCGAGGAUCAUGGUCAUAGAAGUGGAGGUCUGAACAGUGUUCUGCGACAUGGCAAGCUGGGAGCUGGUGGCGAGAAAGGUUCUUCACCGUCAGAGAACUGCGUAUUUGGUAUACCGCUUCACCGCGUUCUGGAGAAUGACCGCUCCAUCGCUCGGCGCAUUCUUGAAGAUGUCGGCAUCUCGUCUCAGUUCUGCGCUAGUUCCAUGAACUCGCUGGAUGAGACCUCGUCUGAUCACCAAUCCGUGAGCAGUGAGGCAGAGGAAGGUGACGAUCCUGAAGGUACGGAUGGUGGUAUGAAUGGUACAAUUAGCUCUAUGGACUUUGGAACAAUAUGCAAUGACCAGUACAUGAUGUCAGACGAGGCAGCUUCAGUAUCGGCUCUUGACAUUGAGGAUGUGCAGCCAGACAUGCGCAUGACUCGCACCUUCUCCCUGUCGGAGGCCGUUGACAACCCCCUGGAAAUGGCUGAACUGCCUCGGCCACCAGCAAAGAAACCAGCCGUAACGGAACCAGACAAUCCCCCGUUCACAGCCACUGCUGGUAUUCUAGGCCUAGCCGCCGCGCCGCUUCAUUUCCUGGGGCGUAGUGCUGACAACUUGCUCAAGACCGAACAGCCGGCAACGCGCAAUGUGGAAGCACUCACCCUUUCUCAGAUAAUGAAGCAGCAGCGGAAGGCGCAGGCACGCCUAGCAUCUCAGGCCGAAGUGGAGAUCAGGGUGCGUGACCACAAGAAAGAUGUUCCCGAAUUCCUCACCAAGGCGUUUGACUUCUUGAAAGAGCACGGAAUGCAGACAGUGGGGAUAUUCCGCAUUGCCGGUUCCAAGCGACGCUCUAAACAGAUUCGAGAAGACAUGGACAACGGGUUCGAGAUCAGCUUUCAUGAGGGCAUUCAUCAGCCGUGUGACGUAGCGGCUCUGGUUAAGAACUUUCUGCGUGAUCUACCCGAGCCACUUCUAACGCGGCCUCUUUUCCCGGCGUUUGUAGCCGCUUCGAAAAUUGAUGACCAGAAGAGGCAAGCAGCCGUUCUCCGUGGACUGGUGUGCCUGCUACCGAUGUGCAACCGAGACACUCUCCACGAGCUGCUGGGCUUUCUGCAUCACGUGUCUGAUUUUGCCGAGGAUCAAGUGAAUCCGGAUGGCAGUGUUACUCCAGGCCACAAGAUGGACAUGGGCAAUCUGGCUGUGGUGUUCGGGCCUAACAUCAUGCGACCCUACAAGACCAAGUCGGGAGCCGAGUAUACGGUCAGCAGCAACCAACAGGCAAGCAACCAGAAUUUCAUCCAUGCCGUUGUAUUGCUUCUCAUCCGAUACAAUGACGAACUGUUUCAGGUUCCUCCUUGUGUUCACCAUGAUAUUCUGCUGGCAAUACGCUCCAAGGCGCCAACACUUCUUGAUGCUCUUCUGCAGCGACGUCUGGGAAAGUCACCACAGCCCAGUGUACAGCGGACUGCCAAGACAUCGACCUCGUCAUCAUCCGACCUGCCGGGAUCACCUGUUACGUACGGUGGUAGUAGUGGCGCUGGCACUACUGCUCCUGGUGCGGGUGCUGCCAGUCCUGCCAACGGCAUUGGUGUCUCUUCCCAACACAGCAGGUCCUCGUUGCAAUCAGAAGCCCGCACGGUGGACACUAGCAAUUUUAUACCCCACCCUCUAGUCACCCCUACUCGGUCGGUUGAGUCGACGGCAAGCGAGCGGCGUCAAUCACAGCGUGCACCAAUAAAGAUGGUGAGCGGAGAUGACUUUGCAGAACUGAACCCGGAGAAUGGUGAGCUUGUCCCUAGUUUUGCAUUGCCCGGUUCACCGUUGUCUUCCAGUGUACUGUCAGCCACCAGUCCUCUGGAGAUACUCACCAUUACCGUGCACGAUAUCGCCGAUCGAACACCGCCGGAGUUCAAGCGACGCUUGCCUGGGGCAGAUGGACGCUCCAAGAGUGUGGACUAUUGGUCAAGCUCACUGAUGGCUCCUCCGGAUGAUGCCGUGUUCGGUAAUUGGCAGAAUCGCUGGCCAUCGGGCGAGGAUGUGCGCUCCCUCAGGUCUCAAACCAGUGGCACUGACAAAAAGUCUGACACCGCCAAGCCCGACAAGAACAAUCGUUCCAAGUCGACACUGCGAGACGAGGCCAUAUCCCGCGAUGAUCUGAGUCCCAUGUCUGGUGAGCUAACGCCGUUAGCGGGCACAUCUCAAUCAUCCUUUGCUUGUCAUGCAGUUGUUAGCACACCGCUGGCCAACGACCAGCACUUGCCAAGCUUUGACCCUAGCAAAGCCAACCCAGCCCCCACCAGUCCACCACCACCGUCAAGUCGUACAAAGGAGCUCUACGCAGCACCUGGCCUUGCAGCGAAUGGUAACGGCGGUGACAUCACACCCGUCAACGCAUUGGGACCGCCUCAACAUCGGCGAUUUUCUCUGAAAAACCGACACAAGCCGCUGGACCGGCGUUACACAGAGCCACCGUCCUCCUUCCAGCGACAGCUCAGUAGCGACGAUGCACCUUCAUCGGGUCGCAAGGGACGUCGCUUUCAGCAGCUGCGCCACUACUUUGAGAACUUUACUCUGGGCUCUGGUACGCAGCCCGUUGAUGAUUUCUCGCCGGGCGAUAUGCCUGCAUCUCCUGGAGACACUGCUCCGCCGCCUCGGCAGAAUGGAUUUGAUGAGGAUGCCACUGAAACUGAGCAGCAGCAGCAGCAACAGCACCAAGACAGUAACAGUGGUGUGCAUGUUAGUGAUGGUGUUACGAAUGGCAAUUCCCACCGGCCCUCCACCACAACAGGACAAUUCUGGGAAAGGUUCAAGUCUGAGAAUCCGGAAACACUAGUUUGAGAAAGCUCGAGUAUAUUUAUAUCUGGGUGAGGCCUUUACACUCUGUUGGACUUGCUACCUUCUCUAUUUCUGUUUCAGCCUUAUUGGAUUGGAUUGGUUGGUUUUAUCCUCUCACAACUCUCUCCAAGGCCGCCAUAUUUUUCACCCAUGUCAUUUAUUUCGCUGAUGUCAUCAUUGACCGAGAGCUACUGCCGGCAUACCCAUUUCUUUAUUCAGAUAUCUCUCCAGCCCAUUUUCAAUGUGAGCUUUCUAUGUUGUCUCCUAUGUUGUCUCCUAGCACUCUAUGUGUACACAUGUUCACACGUCAAGUUUUGAUGCAACAAGAGGAGGGAGACGGUGAACAAGCGAACUACUGAUUUUAUUACUA